AUGGCCCUUCAAGGGGAGUUGCCUAUUAAGCCAUUGGCUUCAUGGAAAACAUGGUGGUCAGGUUCCGAUCAGGCUCAGAAAAUCGCAGCUAGCAUUCAGCACCACAUUGACCCUACGAAGAUGCCAGGUGAUGGGAAACUGGUUCAGCUCAAAUUUACGGGAAAGGUUACCCAGGAAGAUCUGAAUGAUCACCAUACCUCAAAGGUGGUUGAGGGGCUCCUGGAGGCCUACCCAUCUUCUAGAGAACCCAGUGGCUACCUUCUUGGUGAUUCCGUUAUGGUGUUGAACAAGAUGUUGGGGGGUGCCAUAUUUGGUCUUCAAAAAGCCAACCCGGUGGACGAAAAGGCUAGGCGGGACAAAGCCUUAAAGCAAGGGGCCUACCUCAAAAUGUUGUUGUCCUAUGCACGUGUGUCCAGUGGAAGAUCAGCAAAAGGUAGGUCCCCCACAGUGACCUAUUUGAAGGAACUUGCAUUGGCCAAGGGUCGCCCAGAAAGGAAGGGUAAGGGUUCCAGUAGUCCUUCAUCAACAGCUUCUACUACAUCCGAAGUGACCCUCCUUCUUGAUGGUCGCCCCAUUACGACCGCGGCCAGUUCCACGAAUGUGGCUGAGACUGAUGUUGUGGCUCAGACCUUGAUGCUGCUUGGGUUGGAUCCAAAUGCUGCAUGCAGCCAAGAACAUAUGAGUCGUUGCAUCGAGGACCUUGUGGAGUCAGAUCAUUUGCCACGUGGGAGCUUGGAAGAAGCGUUUGGUCUGGUGUGUGAUGAGCCUGACCCUGGUCUUAUCCCCUUAGAAGGUGAUGGGUCCACAAAUGCCACCGAGACCACAUCCAAUGGUGUGAAUGGAACGCUUGAGAAAACCAGUCACUCUGUUUCAAAACAGCCUGUAUCAGUUUUUGUCUAG